AUGAAGAGACCGCGGGUGUCUUACGCCAGUGCCACCAAAUCAGUAAAGGUGGGCAUCACGGCCACUGACUACCCAAGUAGACUGCUGGCCAAGGAAGAAUUGACCAGCGUAGAGACGAUGUUGAUCAGGGAGUUGAGGAAAGGGUGGAGUACCAGCCUCAAUUUCAACAACAUCAGAUUCAGGCCUGGUCUGAUAAUAGUUGAAUGCCGGGACGACAAUACCAGGGACUGGCUGGUAUCCGUCGUACCCAAGUUGACUGCGGUAGAAGGAGGUGCAGCUCAAAACCAUGUUAUGGGGGAGCAGCUUCAGGAACUAGAGGUAGUCUCAGCUCACUUACCGCGGUCAUCAGGCGAAGAGGAGCAAACGUCCGUGGACCUGUUGAAGAGUCAGAACUCUGACCUUCUCCCGGACACCUGGACGGUGCUCAAAUGCACCGACACAAGUGGGGGAAAGCUGGUGACCCUGGGUGUAGAGCAGCCUGCUCUACUGUUGCUUCAGCAAAACGUCAACACGGCCGAGAGGGAGGCAUUAGCUGAACUCGAGGCUGAGGUUGACAGCGCAUCACUGGGAGGCCUAGACCUGGAAGGGCUACAGGUGGGAGAGUCGGAGGACGGCAAAUCCGAAGACGAGCAGACGCUCGUCCCAGACAGCCUGGACGACAGUCUAGAGCUGUCGGAGGAGGAGCCAGUCCUUUAA